AUGUCGACUUUCUAUGAAGAGCUGGGCGUGGAGCCUGACAUCGAUCAAGCCGAGUUGAAGAAAGUGCUCAGGAAGAAGGCUCUGGAAUACCAUCCCGACAAGCAUCCGGAGGAGGAGCAGCAGAAGUGGACCGAGAAGUUCCAGUACUUCCAGCAGAUCAUGGAGACACUGCAGGAUGAGAGCAGCCGCCGUGUCUACGAUGAGAUUCACCUCAAGCUGGAGCGGACUGGACGCAUCCUGGUCCUGAUGGACAUGAAUGGCAGCUUGCUCUGCAAGCUUGGUAAGGAUGGAAGGGAUGCUUGGUUGCUUUUAAGGAGUUUAGAGUAA